UUUGAUUUAUGAAAUAUGUCACAAGCUGAACAACAAAGUCAUGUGAGAAAUUCCGACGGGUUUAUUUUAGUAUCCUUUAAAAAAAGGAAACAUAAGGGGAAAAAAAUAGAUGUUCAAUCAGUACAUUUCGGCUCGACAUUCACGAAAAGACUAUCUCCUGAUUCGAGUUCGGCAAGCAUUGAAUCAUUUUUUCGAAAAUAUACGGAUACAAAAAGUGAUUUGACGUCGUCGCCUUUUUUCAAUGAAAUAACAGAAAAAGUUUUCCCGAUUCUGAAACAGGCAGAAAUUAGUAGAAUUAUUUGUCUUGGCCUUGGAAGGUUAUCAGAGUGUCCAAUAUCUAGGCACCAACUGGCAUUUAUAUUUUGUCUAAAAGAGUAUAUCAAUCUUCAAGACCGUAUAAAGUUUUUUGACCCAAUAUUCAGUCAACUGGAAAUAAAAAUACUGCAGCAUUUGGAUGGAGUUGUGUUGAAAGAAAAUCUCGAAGGAAAAUAUUUAUCUAACGAAAAAACUCUGUUCUAUUUACCACAUUGUCCAAAACAAAUAACCAAUAAUAUUCUUUGGAAAAAUUGGCGGCUAGAAUUGUUGAAUAACACAAUUAUAAUAAGCAACAGUUUUGAAAGCAUAUUGAUCAGCAAUCCUCGGCGGUUUUUAGAUAUAAGCGCUAACUUUAUCAGAAAAAUUGCGGAAUACUGCGACGAAAUUAGUUUGCCGAUUAAUUAUAAACACGCUGAUAUUUUCAACGAUAUUUCAUUACAUCUCUUUAACACAGAAGCGCUAAGACUCAAAGAAGAACAGUUUUGGGAAGCUACAGAACCGCUGUAUAACGAAGAAAAUCUUGAAUUUAUUACUAGAGAAAUUCAGGAUACCUUGAAGAUUGGUGACGAUGACUUUCACAACUAG